GAUAACGAAGUGGACUGUAUCGGUGUGGGCACUAACCUGGUGACAUGCCCAUUGCAGCCAUCCCUGGGCUGUGUCUAUAAGCUGUGCCAGGUCGAUGGAAAAGCUCGGAUCAAAGUGACGGAAGACGAAGGGAAAAUGACUCUCCCGGGAAAGAAAGCCGUUUACAGACUGUACGGCCCUGACGGAAGCCCCUUCCUCGAUCUCCUGACUCUGUUGAAGGAGCCUGAGCCAAAGGCCAAUGAGGAGAUCGAGUGUCACGCUCUGACCGGGAGAGAAGCUGGUUUCCGGGUGACGGCUGCUCGAGUGGGGACCCUCCAUCAGGUUUACUACCAACAUGGCCAGCUUUCUGAGAGCCUCUGUACAACAUCCGAGAUCAGGAAGCAUGCCCAGAACUCCUUAGACAACCUCGCUCCAAAACACAAGCAUCUUCAGGAUCCUGUUCCCUACCAGGUUGCUAUUUCACGGAAGCUCCGUGACCUCCUCAAUGACCUCAUCAAGAAGAGCAACCCAAGUACUCAGUAUCCCGAAUGAGCCAAUCACAUCUCUGCUCCCUGUAGGUGUCAACAGCCAAUCAGAAAAGACGGAAGAAGUUUGGAAGGAUUGAACUGAAAACAGAGAUAAUGCCAAAGGUCUUUGCAGUCGUCAGGACAAACAUAAGAAAGCCAAAUCUCAAAUGACAUUACCAAUUGCAACGGGUAACUCGACAUUCCCAAACUCCCAAUAGACAUCCCAACAAUUGGCUGACUGAGUCAAAUUCCUAACUGGCAGAGUACAGACUGUACUCAACAAGCCCACACUUGCAAAUCCCAAAAACAAUGUGAUGGAUUCACCUGCACAUCUGCCAAUGUGGUAUACUGCAUCCGCUG